GUUAUUUCUGAUGGUUAAAAAGUCAUGUAUUACUUUUAAUCAAUGUAUUUCUUGUUAUGUGUUUUAAUAAUUACCUUUUAUUUGAAUCCAUUCAUUUGUGUUUUCAUUUUGUAUUUGGCUCUUCACAUUGUAUCUAAUCACAACAUGUUUUCCUUUAUCCAAUAUCUGUCAUUUUAGAUCUACAUUUGAACACACAAUUCAUCCACAUUUGAUUAAAGUGAUGUUGAAAAUCUACACAAACAAUCUGGUAAUAGAUUCCUUUGACCGCUGAUAAUAGAUUCUUUUGAAGCUUUUAAAGUUAAAGCAUUCAGAUGAUCUGAAUGUGUGGGUGCAGAGAGCAGCACUCACUGCCCAUUACACUGCAUUGAACCUCCCUUUAAUUCCCAGCUCGUAUUACAAGCUCAUUGUAGGGUCUGCCUGAGAGUGACGCACACACACAUAGAUAACAAGAGAAAGGGCAUGUCGGCUUAGCUCCUCUCCUUUUUCAUCCCACCACUUUGCUGCAUUCAAAUCUGAUAUUGGCCGGAUUCAGUCUCUCUUUUCCACACACUUUCUCUCUCUCUCCUCCCUUGAUCCCUCCGUCACCCCCUUCCCUCCUCCUCCUCCUCCCCUCCCUCACUCCUUGCCCUCUGUAGAGGUCUGGAUCACAUUUAAAACCACAUGUUCUGUGUGUGAGCAACCGAGCCUGGAAGUCGGCAAGCAAGAAAUGUGGUGACAGCAGAGUGGGACUGGAGCGCACAGCGACGGGACAGACAUGCACGCCUCCCAGGCGGCCUUGCACGCACUGGUGGCUGGAGAAGACUGGGUGUGAGACCUUGGCGGAUUUUGCAAACAUAUUUUGACACAUCUGGAUCCGUGGAGACACUGGGCCAAAUCUGGCCUGUCCAAGACGGAUAACAGCAUCAAGGGGUUGUCCUGAUCAGAGAGAAUCACAGAAAAAAGGAAAAAAACUAUUAAGUCCUAGACUAGCACAGAUUGAUGUCUCAUUCUCCUCCCUUUUUUUAUAAAGAGGAGAGCCCAUUUGGCUCUGGAAAGCUCGUUGUGACAGGUCUCUAUUGGUGCGCUUGUGUGGUCCAGUGUGAAAAACCUGCUUCGUGAUUUGUGAGUGUGCGUGAGUGUAUACGCAGACUGGCCUCCCUCGCUGCUCAGUCGCUGGACAGUAUCCUGGAGAGUUAGUAGCAGGAUGAAGACACAAAAAUGUGCUGGAUUUCACAUGUUGUUACUCCUGUAUGUCAGACUGAUGCUGGCCGUGGACGCCUACAGACCCCAGAGAGACAUAAACCAGGAGAGGUGGGAACAGGAACUAAGGGACUCUGGGAGUCUAGAUGAGCUUCUGAUGUUGUCCGAGUACCCGGACUGGAAGCUGUGGAGAUGCAGGCUCAAGCUGAAGCACUUUGAAUACGCCACUCCGCCCGAGAACCGCAGGUCAACUCGCUAUGCGGCCGCUUCGUUCAGCCCAGAGAUGCUAAAAGAUAUUGAUGACGAAUGGCAGAAAACACAGUGUAUGCCCAGAGAGACGUGUGUAGAUGUGGCAAAAGAGCUGGGCACCAAUACGGCUGUGUUCUUUAAGCCCCCGUGCGUCUCUGUCUUCAGGUGUGGUGGCUGCUGCAACAAAGAGGGAGUUACCUGCCGUAAUACAAGCGUGACUUAUGUCAAUAAAACUAUUUUGAGUGUGAGUCUGGCUCCAUAUAAAACUGGUCCGGAGCCUGUGCUGGUGAAAAUAGCCAAUCACACUGAGUGUAUGUGCCAGGAACAUUCGCUGAUCCGCAGACAUGUUCGUGAGAAGCACAAGAAGAGUUGCUCUCCUACACGUAAGCCAGAAGACAAGAGGCUGUGCAACAAAGGUUUAAUAUGGGACUGGAUGGCGGAGCGAUGCGUGACGUACCCCUUCAGUAAACAAGAGCCUCUGUCUACUGUCAGUGAGGAGGACUGUGAAAUUGAUGUAGAGCGAUGUGAAUGUAUUCCAAAAGUAUGGACACAUAGAUUACACCACACGUGACACGAUUCAACAAAUCUUCUGAAGCUGCAAGAGAGAAAACAAUGAUGAACACAACUCCCUGACAAUCUGCAAGUGCCGAGCGCAGAGACUGCAAAACACCAUUUAAUUUAUCUCUCUAUUUAUAUCAAAUAAAUAUACUUUUAUUAACAUUUAUUUACACAACUAGUAACAUGGCAGCGAUCGCUUUUCUAAAUAUAAAGACAAUGCUGCUUUUCUGUUUGAACACAUGAAAAAUUAUAUCUGAGGUAAAUGUGUCCUUUGCACUGAAGACAACGUUUCACCCUAAAGAAUGUCUGUGGAAUUUCUUACAUAUAACUUACAUCUAAAAUAAUUAUAUUUAAGUAUAAAUUAUAAUUUUUCAAAAUGUUCCCUGGUGGGCUAAUAGGGUCUAUGUGGAUUCACGUCAUGUUUUCAUGGCACAAGAGGACUACAUGGGAUGGUGUACAUACAAAAGCACUUCAUUACUCCACAUGCAUUGGAGGAAAUGGCCAGGCCUCUUUUUAAAUUGAUGUGUACACAACUGAGCAUGCUGCCAACAAUAAAACAAAUUAUCUAUAUUGGAGAUGAAAGCUAUUCAAAUAAAAAACGGCAAAUUGAUCAAAAAAUAGGUCUAUGAUUGUGAUGUUUUCAAGGACAUGUUUUUCAUGUUUUUUUUAUGUAGUGUAUGAAGUAUUUUCAAAGAGGAAAAAAUGUGUCAUUGCCAUAAAAUCGUAUCAUUCCUGUGCUCUUAUAAUAGACUACAGUUUCAGUCAUUUUGGUUUGUUUUAGCUUUAGUAUAACCUGAAAUCCAUUUGAAUCCAACAGUGAAUGGUUCAUUUCAAUAGUGCUUGAUUAAAUUGAAACAGGGGCUAAUUGUCACACACACCAUGGGCCUCAUUUAUAUAGUGUGUGAACCGUGUGUGUGUGUGUCCGCUUAAAUCCACACCAACGCUCAUAUUUGUAAAAACUGCCUUUGACUUGGAAAAGUGCUUAGCGUUACAUCAGGGUCUGAGCAGAUGUACACACUUUUUCUUGUCGGAGUGCUGCAGGUUUUUGAAAAUGUCACCUGUCCUUGCAGCUCGCUGUUCUAAAUGAAAGCAUUUGGACGAUGAUUGGUGAUCUUUUAUAUGUUAAUGAAAUUAAUAAGGACUAGUAGUUGUUUACAAGGCAGAGAGCUGAAACCAUUCAGUUAAGCACAAGUUCAAGAUCAUUUGCGAUUCAAAGAUUUCACAACUGAAAGGCAUACAGAACAUGCUUUUUCUGUACGCAUAUUUGAGAGAUGAUCGAAAGAUCAAGUUUAUGAUCAGUCUCUGUGCAGAAUUUUAUAAAUGAGACCCUCUAUUUAACUGAAACAAAACCUUUUUAAAGUAUACUCAUUUUGUGAACCUUUUACUUUUUUGUGGUUUAAUGAAAAUGUUAGAGCUUUGUGCUUGUUUAAAAGAUUCUCUUAAAAAAUAUAUGUUUACUGAACUGUAUCUUUCUUUCUGGACAAUAACAGUGGAUAUAUUUAAGGUAUAUUGUUCUAGAAAUAGACUUUCAAAAAUGCACUUAACGUGAAAAACAGCUGAUGACUAGCCUGUCUAUCCUGUACCUAGAUGUCUUCUAUUAGGUGAGCAAAUGAAAGAAGAAAGCAGUCAGUGCAACCUGACAAAACUGAGUGCACAUAGAGCAGCCUAUUAAUUGUAUUGGUGACUGUUCAGUAGACUACCUUUGUAGAUGGUUUUAUCUAAGAAA